AAACGAGAAAGUCUUUGGUGUUUGCACAGUCGCGAACCGCGUUUGGUGGCUGGAGAGUGGAGAGUCUGAACUCUGAAGAAGUGUUGCUGGAUUGCUGCUUGAGAUCUGAAAGCCUCACAAUUCUCCCGUUGUUUAUGAAUUAGAGUUUUAUUUGAUGGCUUCCACGGAGGGUUUGGUUCCUAUAACCAGGGCUUAUCUGGCUUCUUAUUAUGAAAAGUAUCCCUUCGUCCCACUCUCUGCCGAUGUAGCUACCCUCUCUGCACAGAUUCGCUCCAUCAUCACCAACUUCCAGACACAUCAAGGUGAAAGUUCUGUGGUGGACGAAGUGGAUCAUGAAGCUCCACAUAAAAUUGAUGAGAAUAUGUGGAAGAACCGAGAACACAUAGAGGAGAUCAUCUUUUUGCUUGACAGAACUCAUUGGCCAACCACAUUUCAACAACAAUCUAGAUUGGGAGACGUGGAACUUGCUCCCUUUCUUGAGCAGCUGAAAGUUAAAUUUGAGAAUACCUUGAAGACUUUGGAAUAUUUUCAAUCAAAGAAUGCUGAUUAUGUAUUUAAUACAGUUAUGAGCUAUAUGCCUCAAGACUUCAGGGGUACCUUGAUUCGACAACAAAGGGAACGCUCAGAGCGGACUAAGCAAGCUGAAAUUGAUGCUUUGAUCCAAUCUGGAUGUAGUAUACGUAAUCGCUAUGCGUUGUUGUGGAAGCAACAGAUGGAAAGGAGGAGACAGUUGGCUCAGCUUGGAUCUGCAACAGGUGUAUAUAAAACACUCGUGAAGUACCUCGUAGGAGUACCACAGGUUCUGCUGGAUUUCAUUCGACAAAUUAAUGAUGACGAUGGGCCCAUGGAAGAGCAAAGACAGCGCUAUGGACCACCACUGUACAGCCUUACGAAGAUGGUGCUCACUAUACGGAUUUUUAUUUUUCUUAUGUGGGAAAGUUCCGAUGCCAAUAAAAUAAGAGCAGAUGAAUUAAUUAUUCUGGAACAAGCUGUUAACAUUUAUACCACUGAAUUUGAGAGGUUUAUUAAGUUUAUGGGUGAGGUCUUUGCAAAUUCGCCCUUCUUUAUUUCCGCUGAUGAAGUAGGCGCCAUUGAUUCAAGAAAUGAUGAUUACAAAGAGAUAGGAAUUCCUGCUGGGACUACCCACGAGGUGGUGUUGUCAGUGGAUUCAGUAAACUCAUAUAUUGCUUGGGACUUCACUUUGGAACAAAGUAAAAUGAAAUUGGAUAUUGGUUUUAGCGUGGAAUGUACCAACUCUUCUGGUGAAAAAACUCUUAUCCUGCCGUAUCGCCGCUGUGAAUCUGAUCAAGGAAAUUUUUGCACAUGUAUGGCUGGGACGUACAAGCUAAUAUGGGACAAUUCUUAUUCGACGUUCUUUAGAAAGGCACUGCUUUACAAGGUAGAUUGUAUACCCCCUGUUGUAGAACCAGCACAACAGUGAUUCAGAAAAUGGAUGGCUGUUCCCUAGGCAUUGAGAUGUACCACAAUUCUCGUCCCUGGAGUGUUCUUAAUAUCCCAUUCCUUUGUAUCUUUCAUGUACCUUUCAUAAGCUAGUAAUGAUGUGUUGUAUAUUAUCAUCAGUGUCAGAUUUGCAGUCCUAGGCCGCGCUGUAUGCGAAUGAAGACAAAUUGCUUUGAAGUUGGCAUGAAUUAGCAGAAAAUUGACUUUCUGGUUUCCAGGGAAAAAGAGACGAAAGAAUCUGACAUGAUGAAUUUGCACUUCUAAAAUUUAAUGGACUUAUAAUUGGAUUAUGAUUUACAA